UCUCAAUUAGAAUCAGUCAACAGACCGCCUUGCCAAGUCAUUUGUAAUAGAAGUGAAUGUACAAAAUAAAAUAUGAGAUUUAAAAACAUACAAUUCUUUUUUUGGAUUAUUGUUUUAUUUGCGAGUGCCAUUACCGAAGAUACUAAUAAGGAUUAUGAAAAAUCUGUAAAUAUCGACGAUUAUUCAUCUAAAUUGCGUAACCAAGAGGAGCAGGAGCGGAAGUUGGAAGAAGAUCAUAGUAAACUACAAGCGUCAGGAGACUUAAAGGUGUGUUGUUCAAACUCAAAUAAAUUCGAAAAUAAUUCUAACGGAAGUGAAAUAACACCAAAUUCAGAUGAAGGAAAGCAAAUUAUAAAAGAUUUGCCAUUCGUGAAUGAAAAUAUAUUAUCACGGGGUGACCAAUGUACGAAUGCCAGCAGAGUGCCUAAUCCUGAUACUCUGUGCUGUGGUAAAAACAUUUAUGACCUCGACGAAACAGCUAUAGAUAAAAGUGAAACGGACGUAGAUAUGUUUCCCUGGCUUGCAUUUUUAAUUUCGACGUUCAAGCAAAAUAAAGAGCUAUCAGUAUUUACUUGUGAAGGAGCUUUAAUCAGUCAUCGCUAUGUACUGACAUCUGCUUCUUGCGUCUAUAGUCCCGGCGCCACAUUGAAAACGAUCAACGUGACGCUCGCAAAGUAUGGAACUGAUUGUGGUUUCCAAAUAAUGCCUGACAAUCCCCUUGAGGUAUACCCCGAAUGUCUGCUCAACUUACAAGUUGAAAAUGUGGUAUAUCACGAAUAUUUUCAAUAUGACAACCUUCUACACGACAUAGCACUUGUAAGGCUGCGGGAUAAUGAGUCUACACGAAGUAUAGCUCCAGUGUGCCUCCCAACUUUCAACACAGACUCGCGAUAUGCAGAUGAACCGCUAGUGGUCAUUGGUUGGGACCUCGCUGGAAACGUCAGAGAAGCGCUAGUCUUGGGCGUCGACGAGAACACUUUCCUCAAACAGGCAUCCACCGUUUUCCAUGUAUCCAAUUUCCAAUGUCACAAAUUCUACCCAUUCUUAAGCAGAUCUCAUAUUUGCGCUACUAGUCGCAAAGGCGAAGAAACUCUAGACGGUGUGACUGGAAGCCCACUUAUGAUGCUUUACAAAGAAGUUUAUUAUGUAAUCGGUGUAUUUAGUGCAGCGAGAUAUAGCACAGUCCUGGGAGAGGCUGUGCCUUCUCUGUAUACAGAUGUGUACCGUCACAUUUUAUGGAUUAAGAGAAACAUGAAAGAUUAAUGUAUUACUUUAUAAUAUACAUCUAUGAUUGUC